UCUUCCCUCUGGCUACACUCCACCCGAAGAGGAUGGUGGCGUACCUCCCCCUCAAGAGCCUGUUGUCAUCCCUGUUCCGAAUGAAGUACCAUCCGCUCAGGGAGCUCGCGCCAACACCGAGCCAAAUACCUCGGAGAUCGCUCAGCCUACUCAGACCCCACCAACGCUUGAGGCUGAUCAAGGGGAUAAGUAUAAGGCCUUAGAAGAAAGGUUGAAGGCUAUUGAAGGUGUUAGUGCCUUCGGGUUUGAUGCUUCAAACAUGUGCUUAGUUCCAGAUGUGGUGGUCCCACCAAAGUUCAAAGCCCCAGAUUUUGAUAAGUACAAGGGCACUGGCUGUCCAAAAAUCCACAUCAAGAGGUUCUAUACCAAGAUGGCUGCUCAUGCUUCGAAUGAAAAACUGCUCAUUCACAUCUUCCAAGACAGUUUAAGUGGAGCUUCAUUUGAUUGGUACAUGCAAUUGGAAAGAGCUCAGAUCAAAACUUGGAAAGAUCUUGUGGAUGCUUUCCUUACUCAAUACAGUUACAAUCUGAAUAUUGCUCCCAACCGCAUGCAACUACAAAACCUGUCUCAAAGGAGUAAUGAAGCAUUCAAGGAAUAUGCCCAGCGUUGGAGGGAGUUGGCCGCUCAAGUCCAACCUCCCUUGAUGGAUCGCGAAUUGGUAGACACUUUCAUGAGCACUCUGCAAGGACCCUACUAUGAAAAAAUGAUAGGGAGUAUUUCAUCCAAUUUCGCAGAUUUGGUCAUCAUAGGAGAGCGUGUGGAAGCAGGAAUUAAGAAUGGAAAGAUUCAGAAGUUCACUAAGGAUCAGACUGGUGGAAGGAGGUCCUUCAAUGCGAAUCCAAGGAAGAAGGAGGAGGAAACUAAUGCCAUCACCACAAGUGCACCAGCUCAAAUAUCAUACUCGGCAAUGGUUCCUCCACAACCACAACAAAGGAACCAAUCUAAUGGCCGAAACAACUUUGAAAAGAGGGUUGUGCAAUUAGACCGUGUGCCUGUGCCAUACGGUCAAAUCCUCCCUUAUAUGCUACAAAAAGGGAUGAUAGAGCUAAAGCAGCUUCCACCGGUAGUACCUCCUUACCCAGCUCAUUUUAAGAGUGAUGUCAAGUGCGAUUACCACUCUGGGGCACUUGGGCAUACUAUUGAAAAUUGCAAAGCCUUUAAGUACAAGGUACAAGAGUUGAUUGAUCAGAAGCUGUUAACCUUUAAGGAGGAGGGACCCAAUGUGAAGACCAAUCCGCUGCCUGGCCAUGCUGGCCCAUCUGUGAAUACUGUGGAGGAUGAUGGAGGAAUUCAAUUGAUAAAUGAAGUUUCUAAGAUCCGAACUCCAUUAGCCGUAGUUAGAGAAAAGCUAAUUGGUUAUGAAGAAUUCGAGAUGAUGCACUCUGACUGUGAAGAGUGUGCAAGGAAACCUGAGAAUUGUAAGAAGAUGAGGAUGUGUUUACAACAGUUGAUGGAUCAAGGCUUGGUCCAGAUUGGCUACUCAGUAGUAAACCCUGUCAUUGCGGCAUUAGAAGACUUCACGCCAAUUGAGAUCCCAUUCAAAAGGGCCCCUAUACCAAAUAAGGAGGUCCACCCACUAGUCUUCAGGGUGCCUAAGUCUUUUCCAUUCGAGAGCACUCAAAAAGUACCAUGGAAUUAUCAACCUACUGUUUCCAUGGGCCAAGAGCAAGUAACACUUGAAAAUCCCUCCGUUGACAGCAUUGCGGGGAUAGGAGGGAUGACAAGAAGUGGGAGGAUCUUUUCUCAUGAUCAGUCAAGCAAGGUUAUUGAGAAGCCCCUGUUGGAUCUAGCUAAAGGGAAGCAUGUAGAAGAGAUGGGUAAAGAGCAGCCCCAUAAGGUGGCACCUAAAGGGGAUGCCGAAGAAUUUUUAAAGAUCAUUCGCAAGAGUGAUUAUCAAGUGGUUGAUCAGUUAGGGCAAACUCCGUGUAAAAUCUCUAUGCUAUCAUUAUUGCUAUCCUCAGAAAUCCAUAGGAAUGCCUUAAUGAAAGUGUUGGGAGAAGCCCAUGUUGAGAAAGACGUCACCGUGAAUCAAUUUGACGGGAUAAUAGCCAACAUCGCUUCAAGCAGAUAUCUCGGGUUUAAUGAUGAAGAAUUACCAGCCAAAGGUUGUGACCACAACAAGGCAUUGUAUAUAUCUGUCAAGUGUUUGGGCAACAUCUUGUCCAAAGUAUUGAUAGAUAAUGGUUCGUCCCUGAAUGUCAUGCCCAAGAGGACCUUCGAUAAGUUAAACAGCGAAGGGGCAGUAAUGAGGCCUAGCACACUUGUUGUCAAAGCCUUCGAUGGCUCGGAAAGGACGGUCAUGGGAGAGAUAGACCUUCCAGUUUUGGUUGGUCCCCAGCUCUUCACAAUCACUUUCCAAGUCAUGGAUAUUAAUCCUGCUUAUAGUUGCCUCCUUGGAAGACCAUGGAUUCAUUCGGCUGGCGUUGUCACAUCCACCCUACAUCAAAAGCUCAAGUUCAUGUCCAACGGCAAGAUCAUCAUAGUAUCCAGUCAAGAGGAUAUUAUAGUGAGUCAUCUGUCCGCCUUUCAGUACAUUGAGGAAGAUGAGCAAGCAGUGGAAAUUCCGUUUCAGGCUCUGGAGGUCGCAACUGUCACCAUGAAGCGAAAGAAGAAAGCUAAACCUGCCUUCACUUCAUGGCAAGCAAUGAAGGAAGCAUUGGACGAAGCAAGUCUAGAGGGUUGGGGGAAGGUGCCUGUGGUUCAAGAAAAGAAGGAUCGCUUUGGGCUAGGAUAUCGACCAUCAACAAAGGGAUCGACCAGUUCUAACUACAAGGGUGGUCGUUCCCUCCAAGAAAUGUUUCGCAGUGCGAAGUUCAACAACAAAGAGCAAGUGAACAUGAUUGGGGAUAAUGAGGAAGAUGCACCUAACCUAGUGCGCAGCUGUGCUAAUGAAGAGCCCCUCAACAAUUGGAAGGCCGAGGAGAUUUCUGAAGUUUCUUUUAAGAAAAUGAAAACAUCCUCAUGCAGAUCCAUAGAAAUACCCGUUGAAACCUACCCCGCUAGUUUCCCUUUUGACUUCGAACAUCCGGUAAACCAAGCCGAAGGAGUUGACGAGGAUGAUUGUGAACUUCCUGAAGGACUAGCUCGCCUGUUGAAACAAGAAGAAAAGGCCAUUCAGCCGCAUCAAGAGCAAGUUAAGACAAUCAACUUGGGGAGCGAGUCAGAUGUAAAAGAGGUCAAAGUAGGGGCAUCAUUGCAAGAAGAUGUGAAGAAGGAUUUGGUCAGUUUGUUGCAAGAAUACGUCGAUGUGUUUGCUUGGUCUUAUCAAGAUAUGCCAGGAUUGGAUACCGACAUAGUUGUGCACAAGCUCCCACUCAAGCCUGAAUGUGCACCUGUAAAACAGGAGAUGAGAAGAACAAGACCUGAUAUGGCUCUCAAGAUCAAAGAAGAAGUGAAGAAGCAAUUUGAUGCAGGAUUUCUAACUGUGGCCAAGUACCCGCAAUGGGUUGCCAACAUUGUACCUGUCCCAAAGAAAGAUGGCAAGGUACGAAUGUGUGUGGAUUACCGAGACUUGAACCGAGCAAGUCCAAAGGAUGACUUCCCGUUGCCCCACAUAGAUGUGUUGGUGGAUAAUACCGCUCAGUCCUCAGUGUUUUCUUUCAUGGAUGGUUUCUCCGGAUAUAAUCAGAUCAAGAUGAAUCCUGAAGAUAUGGAAAAAACUACUUUCAUUACUCCGUGGGGGACUUUCUGCUACAAAGUCAUGCCUUUUGGUUUGAAGAAUGCUGGAGCAACAUAUCAAAGAGCGAUGGUGACCCUCUUUCAUGAUAUGAUUCACAAGGAGAUAGAGGUGUACGUGGAUGAUAUGAUUGCCAAGUCUCAAGGAGAAGAAGAGCACCUGGUCCACCUGCGUAAGUUGUUCGCACGUUUAAGGAAGUUCAAAUUGCGACUGAAUCCUAACAAAUGUACAUUCGGGGUCAGAUCAGGAAAACUGUUAGGGUUCAUAGUCAGCCAAAGAGGAAUUGAGGUAGACCCAGAUAAGGUUAAGGCUAUACAAGAAAUGCCUGCGCCCAAAUCUGAAAAGGAGGUGCGUGGUUUCUUGGGAAGACUGAAUUAUAUCGCCCGCUUCAUCUCGCAUCUCACGUCUACCUGUGAACCAAUCUUCAAGUUAUUAAGGAAGGAUCAAGCUGUUGAAUGGAAUGACGACUGUCAAAAGGCAUUUGAUAAGAUCAAGGAAUAUCUGCAAGAGCCGCCCGUUCUGAUUCCACCUGUGCCCGGUAGGCCGCUCUUAAUGUACAUGACCGUGCUUGAAGAUUCAAUGGGUUGUGUGUUGGGUCAACAAGAUGAAACCGGUAAAAAGGAGCAUGCCAUCUAUUUCCUAAGCAAGAAAUUCACAGAUUGUGAGUCAAGGUACACUGCCCUCGAGAAGACCUGUUGCGCGCUAGCAUGGGCUGCCCGACGUCUAAGGCAGUACAUGCUAACUCACACUACGCAUUUGAUUUCCAAGAUGGAUCCUAUCAAGUACAUCUUUGAAAAACCUGCCGUUACCGGAAAGAUUGCGCGCUGGCAGAUGUUGCUGUCUGAGUACGAUAUCCAGUAUGUCGCUCAAAAGGCAAUCAAAGGAAGUGUGUUGGCGGAGUAUCUUGCUCACCAACCUCUAGAAGAGCAUCAGCCGGUUCCAUCCGAUUUUCCUGAUGAAGAUGUCAUGAUCUUAGAGAAAGUUAUAGGAGAUGAAGAAGGGCCCGAACCAGGCGCUCGUUGGAAACUAGUCUUCGAUGGAGCUUCCAAUGCCAUGGGGCACGGAGUCGGGGCAGUUUUGAUAUCACCAAGAGGUGGGUAUAGACCUCUUGCAGCCAGAUUGUGUUUUGAGUGUACAAACAACAUAGCAGAAUAUGAAGCCUGCAUCAUGGGUCUCGAGGCAGCCAUCGAUCUAAGGAUCAAAAUCUUAGAAGUAUAUGGAGACUCAGCGUUAGUCAUCUGUCAAGUAAAAGGAGAAUGGGAAGCACGACACCCAAAGAUAAUCCCAUAUUGCACUCAAGUCAAGAAGCUAGCAGGGUACUUUGAUGAGAUCACUUUCCAUCACAUUCCAAGGGAAGAGAAUCAGGUGGCCGACGCUUUAGCUACAUUAUCUUCAAUGUACAAAGUAAGGUUCCACAACGAAGCGCCUCUCAUAGUAUUGGAACGUAAGGAUGAACCAGCUGUGUGCACAGUGGCUUCAAAGGAAUAUGAUGACAAACCAUGGUUCCAUGAUAUCAAACGAUAUUUGGAAAAACAAGAAUAUCCCGAAGGCGCGUCAAUCAAUGACAGAAAGACAUUGAGAAGGUUGGCCACACAGUUCUUCUUAGAUGGGGAAGUACUCUACAAAAGAAACUAUGACAUGGUGUUGCUUAGAUGUGUAGACCGACAAGAAGCGGAUCAUCUUCUGGCAGAAAUCCAUGCAGGAACUUUCGGGACUCACGCCAAUGGGCAUGCAAUGGCAAGGAAGAUCUUGAGGGCAGGGUAUUAUUGGCUGACCAUGGAAGCAGACUGCUACCGUUAUGUCAAAACAUGUCAUAAGUGCCAAAUAUAUGCCGACAAGGUGCAUGUGCCACCAAACCCGUUGAAUGUAUUAACGGCACCUUGGCCGUUCUCUAUGUGGGGCAUUGAUGUAAUUGGAAUGAUUGAGCCGAAAGCUUCUAACGGACACAGGUUCAUCUUGGUCGCUAUUGAUUACUUCACCAAAUGGGUUGAAGCAGCUUCAUAUGCGAAUGUGACACAACAAGUAGUAGCCCGAUUCAUCAAGAAAGAAAUAAUUUAUCGUUACGGGAUUCCUAACAAAAUUAUCACAGAUAAUGGGUCAAACCUAAACAACAAGUUAGUGAAAGAAUUAUGCGAUGGUUUCAAGAUUGAACACCAUAACUCUUCGCCAUACCGACCGCAGAUGAACGGCGCCGUGGAAGCAGCCAACAAGAAUAUCAAGAGGAUUAUUCAGAAGAUGGUCAAGACGUAUAAAGAUUGGCAUGAGAUGCUCCCGUAUGCAUUGCAUGGAUAUAGGACGACCAUCCGUACCUCAACCGGGGCAACCCCUUUUUCUCUAGUAUAUGGCAUGGAGGCAGUACUCCCCGUCGAGGUGGAAAUCCCUUCAUUGAGAGUGUUGAUGGAGACCAAACUAGAAGAGGCGGAGUGGGCCCAAACAAGGUUUGACCAGUUGAAUCUCAUAGAGGAAAAGCGCUUAACGGCACUCUGCCAUGGUCAGCUGUAUCAACAACGACGCAACAAGGCCUUUGACAAGAAAGUGCGCCCCCGUGAGUUUCGAGAAGGCGAGCUAGUAUUGAAGAAGAUCUUGCCCAUCCACAAAGAUUCCCGAGGCAAAUGGACCCCUAACUAUGAGGGACCAUACGUGGUGAAGAAAGCAUUUUCAGGAGGAGCCUUAAUCCUCGCCACUAUGGAUGAAGAAGAAUUUCCACUCCCAGUGAAUGCUGACGUGGUCAAGAAGUAUUAUGCCUAAGAAAAAAAAAAGAGAAAUAAAAAAUAAAGGCUCGCUAGAUUGAAAACCCGAAAGGGCAAUCUAGGCAAUAGAGAGCGUCCCGGUAGACUGAAAACCUGAAAGGGCAGUCUAGGCAAAAAUUAGGGACACCAAAAAAGGAAAUGUGAUCCCGGUGGAUUGAAAACCCGAAAGGGCGAUCCAGGCAAAAGUUAGGGAUAUGUAAAAAAAAAAAAAAAAAAAAAAAAAAAAAAAAAAAAGAGAAAAAUAGAAGGCAGAAGACCCGAGGCGUAAGCAUUAUAGUAGAAGGCUCAAGUGGAAGUGAUCAGUCUAAUUGUCAGCUUCGAGGUUAAAGUUUGUGUAUGUUGGAAGUCACGAGGGAAACGGUGGAUGAGGUGUUGUUGACCUUUUGUUUUUGUUGCCAUUCCCAAAAUUAGUAAUCUCCUCUUAUAGGAAUUGCUUUCCUAUGUAUUGACACCCAUUCGAGGGUCAAUAUUUCAUCAAUAAAAUCCCUUUUGUCUAUUUGUUUUAUGUCUUGUUUCUCAUAAAAUGCAUUCUUUUCUUCUUGAUAGUGCAUAAAAAAUGUGAGGGCUCAUAAAAGGAUAUAGUUAAGACUUUUCCGAGAAAAAACGGCAUUUGUUUAUAAGAAAAGAUGAUCCUCGGUUUUUAACCUUGCACCCGCAGUGCAAACUCGUAGCAAGCAAAGAGAUCGUGUUCCUUGAAAGAAAAAAAUAAGUAUUGUGUGAGAGGAGAUAAUAGGGGCAUUACCUGUAGAGAGACGAGAAGGAUGACGUGCAUUAAUGUUUUAAUUCAUACACCUCAAAAGAAAUCAUGCAUUUGGCUUAAAAAGUUUUUCUGCAUAAAUAAACAUGCUCGCAUAUAGAAUUCAUGGUAUGUGGAAACCCGAUGGCUUAGAAGUUGUUUAACCCUCUCCCCCAGUUAGCUUGAGGUAACGAGAUGAUAUUUCUCGAAUGUGUGUUUGCCUGCCUCGCAGGACGUCGAUAGUGGUUUACCCAGAUGGCUAGUGUGUAUGUAUGAGUGCAUUUCGAGUCCUACGUGAAGUGAAUGUUAUUUCGAGUCCUACGUGAAGUGAAUGUUAUUUCGAGUCCUAUGUGAAGUGAAUGUUAUUGAGCCCUAUGUAUAAUUAUGGAUCGAGUCUUAUGUGAAACGAAUGUUUUGAGUCCUAUGUGAAGUAAGUGAGUCUUAUCUGUAUGAGUGGAAAUUUAGUCUUAUGUGAAGUGUAGAAUGAGUCUUAUGUGAAGUAAACCUUGAGUCUUAUGUGAAUUGAGCCCCAUCUAUAUGAACGUAAUAGAGUCUUACCUGU